UCUAACAAUUGCGAGAAAGGGUUUGCCACACGAUUUCGAUUCAUUUUGCUUCCUUGAUCUUCUCUACGAAUUACAAAUCAAUGGAUCCUUACAAGUACCGUCCUUCGAGUGCUCACAAUACUCCAUUUUGGACUACGAAUUCUGGUGCACCGAUUUACAACAACAACUCGUCGUUAACAGUUGGGAUUAGAGGACCGAUCCUGCUCGAGGAUUAUCAUUUGGUGGAGAAACUAGCUAAUUUUGAUCGUGAGCGGAUCCCAGAACGUGUUGUUCAUGCAAGGGGUGCCAGUGCCAAGGGAUUCUUUGAGGUUACACAUGACAUUUCUAACCUCACGUGUGCUGAUUUUCUCCGUGCUCCUGGAGUCCAGACUCCUGUCAUCGUUCGGUUCUCUACUGUCAUUCAUGAGCGUGGAAGCCCUGAAACUCUCAGGGAUCCCAGAGGAUUUGCAGUCAAGUUUUACACCAGGGAGGGAAACUUUGAUUUGGUGGGCAACAAUUUUCCCGUCUUCUUUGUUCGAGAUGGCAUGAAGUUUCCUGACAUGGUUCAUGCUCUAAAGCCGAACCCCAAGUCACACAUCCAAGAAGAUUGGAGAAUUCUCGACUUCUUCUCCCACCAUCCGGAGAGUUUGCACAUGUUCACGUUCCUCCAAGAUGAUGUGGGUGUGCCACAAGAUUACCGUCACAUGGAUGGUUUCGGUGUUAACACUUACACUCUAAUUAACAAAGCCGGAAAAGCAAAUUACGUCAAGUUUCACUGGAAACCGACAUGUGGAGUAAAAUGUCUUUUGGAAGAUGAAGCCAUCAAGAUUGGUGGAGCUAAUCACAGUCACGCCACUAAAGAUCUCUAUGAUUCCAUCGCAGCUGGAAACUAUCCCGAAUGGAAGCUUUUUAUCCAGAUUAUGGAUCCUGAUCAAGAAGAUAAGUUUGACUUUGACCCACUUGACGUAACCAAGAUCUGGCCAGAGGACAUCUUGCCGCUACAGCCGGUGGGUCGUUUGGUAUUGAACAAGAAUAUCGAUAACUUCUUUGCGGAGAACGAACAGCUUGCUUUCUGCCCAGCUAUAAUUGUCCCCGGAAUCUAUUAUUCGGAUGAUAAGUUGCUCCAAACUCGGAUCUUUUCAUAUGCGGAUACUCAGAGGCACCGGCUCGGACCAAACUAUUUGCAGAUUCCCGUAAAUGCGCCCAAAUGUGCUCAUCAUAAUAAUCAUCAUGAUGGAUUUAUGAACUUCAUGCAUAGAGAUGAGGAGGUUAACUACUUCCCUUCGAGAUAUGAUCCUUCUCGUCAUGCUGCCGAGUUCCCGAUUCCUCCGGUUAAGUUAACAGGACGGCGUGAGAAGUGCUUGAUAGAAAAAGAGAACAACUUCAAGCAGCCUGGAGAACGAUACAGAUCUUGGCCACCAGAAAGACAAGAACGGUUCAUAUGCCGAAUCCUAGGUGCUCUAUCUGAUCCGCGAGUCACCCAUGAGGUCCGCACUAUAUGGGUUUCAUACUGGUCUCAGGCUGACAAAUCUCUUGGGCAAAAAAUAGCGUCCCGUAUGAAUAUAAAGCCUAGUGUCUAAAGGUAACAUCCAUUAAGUUCGUGUUAAGUAGCGAUAACCCGUUGGUGUGGUGCACAUUGUAGUUAAAAGCCAUUAUCGGAGUUUGUGUUGUCGAAUUUUGAAGCCGUUUCUUUCAACUCACUUGGUUUUAUAUAACAAACAACCACCUAGAUGUCGAAUAACUUUGGAAUAAUGCUUGUUUCAAUAUGUGCAUAUUCUAUUAGUAUUGGCUUUGUGAAA